AUAUUUCCUAAAUCAAAUAAUAACGUUUGUUAGGUUUAAAAGUUAUUGCAUAGUUUUCAGAACAAGAUCGUUCAGCGGAAUAUAAUCCGAUUGAGUAAAUGUCAAUUUCACUUAAAAGAGAAAGCUGACUUCAAAUGCAGCAUUGUUUCUUUCAAUCACAACAGAGCAGGAUGGUUCAAGUGUUUCAAAAGUGAAAUACGGAGCUGCUGAAAAUCUGGAAGGACUUUUGGGUAUAAUUAACGUUCUUGGACCUGAACGUUAAGACUGUUUCACUCCCAACAAAAGCUGCUCGACCUGUUGAGUAUUUGAAGCAUUUUUUUAAAAAUGAUUUAAAAAUGUGUCCUUUUUAUUUCUGUUGUGGGUAACCAUAAACAUAAACCGUGACAUCGAGCUAUAUAGUUUAUUAUCCAGAAUAUGUUGUGCAUAAAUUGGGGUGCUUUCACGAUAUAGACAUUGGUAAAUCUCUGCAUGCUAUUGCAGGAAAAGAAAUAGUACAAUAUAUGUUAACACUUUGAAGUAUGUUCAAUUUAUAUUUGGGGGAAAAAGUUUCAUCCGAGGUGAUAAAAUACAAAAGCAUCUGGGUAUAUUACUAGAACUACAUAAAUAUGAUGUUGCUAUUUUGAAGUGGGGUGGAGGGUGUCAUGUAGUUUCAACUUGAGCUGCGGAUGCUGUUUAUGCAAUAAUAUUGGGAGAUGGAAAUAUGUAAUCUGCUGUGCUUCUGCCAAGAAAGAAGCAGACAUUUCCAGCGCUGAAUUGCCGAUCUGCUGCCUGUGCUGGAACUCGAAAUUCGUGCAGCAUUAAAUAGUAACGCGAGAGUUGAAACUUACCUCCUCACUGUACAACUGUCAAAGGACAAGUGGAAUCGCGCAUGACCCAGGAAUAGAGUCUACUGUAAGGCCCUGGAAGAUAAUAAUCUAAACAGAAAUUUAAGAAAUGGCAGACUCCAGUAUUGUGGGAAAAGUUUUUGGAUCUAAAGGACGCAAUGAGAGAGGACUUGCUGACCAUAGUAAAGCAACGGCAACCAGAAUUAAAACAUCUCACACUGUUACAUAUGGACAUGGUGACAAAGUAGAAAACAGAAGGAAAGGAAGACUCAAAGCGGAGGAUACAGAAAUUCCAGUCAUUGAUUCAAAGAAGUUUAGUCACCAUUGUCUUCAAUGUGAAGCUUCAUUUGUAUCAAAGUCCCAAUUGGAAAAGCAUAAUCAAUGGAAACAUGAAGUAAGAAAACAGGAGACAGAAAUGGACAGGAAAGUUGCAAAAACAGUUGGUCGAGGUAGAGGUAAAAAAAGGGUUACUGAAAAUGCAGAAACUUCAGCAAAAAAGUGUAAACAACAGAAGAGAGAAUUAAGUUGGCACUCAGAGAAUGGCGAAUGUGCAACACAGAACAAAGACAGCAGUUUAACAAACACUACAAAAGCUCAAGAAACUCUGGCAUCCAAUGAACUGAACAAAACCAAGAAACAGAUAUCAUUUCCUGAAGAAGAUCCUGAGCGAUCCAAACAUCGAAGGAAACAGAAAACACCUAAGAAGUUUACAGGAGAACAGCCAUCCAUAUCUGGAACUUUUGGAUUGAAAGGCCUGUCAAAACAAGAUGACAAGGGAAGGGGUAGAGGCAAGAAGAAAAUUAAAAGCACUUGCACUGAAGAACUUCAAAGAAAACCUUUGGGGGUUCACAUUAAAAAAGAACCUGUUGCAUAUUUACCAGGAAGUCAGGAAGAAAAGUGGCAUCAGGAAAUUACAGAAAAAGGAGAGGUUAUCUGUCCUAAUUGCGGGACUGUGCACCGAAAGACUGUUGCAGGUUUGAAGAAGCACCUGGAAAAUUGCAAAGAGCUGCAGGAUGCAUUGAAAUGCAAGCAUUGCAACAAGCAGUUUAAAUCUAAAGCUGGUCUGAAGUAUCACAUGAUGGCAGAACACAACAAUAAACCUGUGAUGAAUGCAGAGAAGUUGCUGGAUGAACAACAGGAACGUGAAAGACUCCGAAGUGUUCUUAAGCAAAUGGGAAAACUGAAGUGCCCAAAUGAGGGUUGCACAACUACAUUUACAAGCCUAAUGGGCUACCAGUACCAUAUAAAAAGAUGUGGAAAGGAGCCUGAAGAUAUUGAGAAAACUGUUUUCAUUUGUGAAUAUUGCGAGAAAGAAUAUAAGUCAAAGGCCGGUCAUGACCAUCAUGUGAAAUCAGAACAUACAGUGACAACAGAAGAUUCUGAUCAGAAAUCUGUUGACGAAGAGUUCGAGAACUCAUUUGAGAGAACACCAAGCGGGCGUAUUCGACGAAGAUCUGCGCAAGUGGCUGUUUUUCAUCUUCAGGAAAUUGCAGAAGACGAACUGUCAAAACUUUGGACUAGAAGAAGAAAUAAAGAUGACUUGGUCCCAGAUAUCAAGAGACUUAAGUAUACUCGUCCUGGAUUCCCAACAUUCAACCCCCUACAACUGGAAAGCUGGAAAAACGAGGUCAAAGAAAAUGGUCAGAUCUGCUGCCCAAAUAAUCAUUGUGAAGCAAUUUAUUCAAGUUUUUCCGGGCUAAAAGCUCAUCUAGCAACAUGCACUAAGGGUGAGCACCUAGUUGGGAAGUACAGAUGCUUGAUUUGUCAGAAGGAAUUUAGCUCAGAAAGCGGAGUUAAAUACCAUAUCAACAACUCUCAUUCUGAGAACUGGUUUAGAGCCUCAGCAGAAAUAUCACAAAAAAGCAGAAGAGAACUGAAGGUGACAAAUUCAGAGAGGAAGCAAAACACCACUGGGAAGAAGAGAGGAAGAAAGCCCAAGGAAAAAACUUCAGUGCUUUCGAGAAAGAACAAAGAGAUGGCAGGAACAAAGACUACAGACCAAAUAACCACCCAGUGUUCUCCAGGUUUGAAGAGCAAUAACAAAGUGAAAAGGAAGAAUAUACUGUCAAGCAGCAAAAAAGGAACCAUGAACAAGAUGCAAGGAGUUGCAAAAUGAAUGUCAGUGUAAAGAUUCAGCUUUUCUGCUCUGGGGAAACAUUCGGCGGUCUCCAAGUAUCAUAAAUGAAGAAUAAUAAAAUUAAUACAAGAUAGCACUACCUACCAGUAGCUCUUAAGCUUGACAUAUUUCGUACCUGCAUUUGGGUCCAGGGAAUAAAUCAGUGUCUUGCAGAUAAAAGCCACUCCUUGCAUCUGGGUUAAAACUGAAUGGAAUCAGGAUAUGAUUGUUUAGCACAAAAGAUUAUAUGGCUAUUUAAUACUGCUUUGUUACUAUAUACUGCUCUAUGACUUAAUAGAUUAUGAUUUUUUUAUAAAAUAGACUAUUAUGGGGUAAAAGGUGUUAAAUAAAAAGAUUUGUUACGCUUUUUAAACUACAUUAAGAUGUUGGUUUAUAGGUAGUUUUGGAUUGCACAUUGAUCAAAUUGGUUAUUUAUUUAUAUUGGUCAAAUUCUUUUAUUAUUUAAUAAACAAAUUUAAUAAUUAAACUGCAAUCCAGGUCUAUUAGUUUAUAUUUAUAAUUAUUUAUCAAUAUAAACUAAUGUUUUUAUAUAUAACUAUAGAACCUACGCUGUGUAUAUAUUUCCAAAUUAACUAUUAUAAAUGAUAUAAUAUACAUAUAUAUAAUAAAAUGAGGGCUGAAGGUGGAAGGGGUGAUUUUAUACGCAGGUGUCUGAGUUUCAUACCAAUAAUUGUGGGUACAGUAGCUUCCUUGAUGGCAACAUGAACUAGUAAAAUUACUCCUUGAAUAUAGUGAAUGUGGGCUCUCCUUCUUUCUUCAGUGCAUUGAAAUAAUUGCAGAAUGCCUUGGUUCAUAAAUGUAAUAUUUUCCAAUGAUUUACUGCCCAUUUUCAGGAUCUGGUAAUUCAGGAAUGAUAUGUGAGUAUUUCCAAGAAUCUGGCAUUUAGUGGCUGCUCAGCGUUUGGACAUGUUGGGUAAUAAUAAAAAUACAUAAUUAACCUUGGUGCAUUGUAAAACAGGCAGGUUAACAAUUCAAUGUUGGAGAUGGAAUCUUCUUUACAGCUAUUCAGCAACGCACACGCUAUCUACAUUAACUUUCAUCCCGCCACCUUCAUCCCAGUGCAUGCAGUCAGAAGUACUGCGGAGUGGCCAAAAGAAAGAUCUAAAUGAGACUGAAGCAGGAACAUCUACCAUAGUCGAAGCGCAGGAACGUGGACAGCCGCAAACCAGAAAAAAACAAAAGUGGCCAGAAAGAUGAUGAUUUGUCUUGGAUUCCUCCGGAGAUCCCUAGCAUUACAGAUGCUGAUAAUAACCCAGCUCUCAGCCAACUUGAUUGACACCAAGUGAUAUCAAGACAUGGUUGAAAGCACUAGAAACUGCAAAGGCUGUUAGACUAGAACACAUUUCAGCUGUAGUAUGACCUAUAUGCAAGAACAAGCUGAGUCCUCAAUUUAGCUGCCGGAAUACAAUGUUAACACUGGUGUAAACCAGACAGGAAUGUCCUGAUCACAAAAAAAGGACAAAUCCAAUCUGGCAAAUUAGCACCUAAUCCUCCUAUGCUCAAUGAUCUAUGGCAUGUAGGGAAGGUUUCAUCAACCAUACCAUCAGGUAGUACUUACUCAGGAGUAACUUGCUCACCCCCGAUGCAUUGUUUAGGACUCACCAGGACCUUGCUCUAAACAUGAGAGUUCCAGAACUUAUGUGAGAUACUUCCCUUGAUAUCAAGACAGCAGUUGACCAAGUUUGGCACCAAGGUGUCUGGGUAAACUAAAGUCAAUGGGCAAUAGGAGAAGUCACUCCUGUGGUUGGAGUCACACCUCACAAAAACUAAGAUGGUUAUGGUUGUUGGAAAUGAGCUACCCCAGUCCUAGGACAUCAGUUCAGAAGCUCAUAGGGCAAGCAAUGUCCUAGGACCAACAUUUAUCAAUGAUCUUCCUUCAAUCGUAAAUUUCAGAAGUUAGGAGUGUUCUCUGCUGAUGCACAAUGUCCAUUUGCAUUAGCAAGCCUUUGGAAAAUGAAGUCACCCAAACCACCAAGCUGAAAGGCAGACUAUUAGAAAAGAAAGGAAGUCAUUUGGUAAAAUGAAGACAAUCUUCAGGUCUGCACUGAUAGCCGGUAAUGAAUCAGUUUUGUCUGCUCAUUCUGUGUUCCACUAUCCUAUUGCUAAUCUGUAUGUCUGUCACUUGUCCACGGAACAUUAUGCCACUAGAUUUAGCAAUCCAUCCACAGAUAUUCCUUUCUUAUGAGACAGGUUGGAGUCCAUCAUUGAAUAUACUAUUGAAUAUAAUACUGCUGAAACCCAUUAACAAAACUCAAAAAUAAGUUUGUUUUAUAACCUUGGAAAAGAUCUGAAUGCUUUGAUUACAUGCCAUGAUGGCACCCACUUCCAUCCCCAAGCAUUAUUGUUCUUCCUUUCUAGUUAUGAUGUACUGCUGUGGAACAUAAAUACCAAAUGAAGGAGCAAACUAUGUCACUGGUAAUGGAAGGAGAUAUGUGGUAUUGGUUUAUUAUUGUCACAUAUACCAAGAUACAAUGAAAAUUUAAUCCUGCAUACUGUCUAUUCAGAUCAAAUCAUUGCACAGUGCAAUGAUCUAGGAUAAGGAAAAACGUUAACAAUGCAGAAUAAAGUGUAAAAGCUGAAAAAAAAAGUGCAGAGCAGAUACAUGGUAUGUCUUUGGGCCUAGUUGUAUGUGCUUUUAGGCUUUUUAAAAUCUUCUGCCCAAUGGGAACAAGCAGAAGAAAGAAUGCUUGGGGUGGGUAGUGUCUUUUCUUACACUGGCUGCUUUACUGAGGCAGUGAGAAGGUUACUGUCUCACUAAAUAGUUUAAAACUCAGUAAUAGACCCUUUGUUUUUGAUAAUAGCUUUCUUUUCCCACAGGUGAGUGCCUUUUGUGUAUUGUAUUCAACAAUCAAGUAAUUUUGGUGUUCAUGUUUAAAGUGAUAGGCGGGUAAAACAGCUGCAGGUUAGAUGUGAUUGUUCUACAUCUUGCUUGGUAUGGAGUAAUCAAACAUUCCUAGGGUACUUGUGUUAUAUUUAAGGUAAAGGAUUUCUAAUAUUGCUGCAAUUAUCUUAAAACUUAAGAGUUUCUAAAACAUCAGAUAUGAUUACCAUUGAAAUCAAUUCCAAUGGUACUGUCCUUGAGCAUGUCUGAAUGUGCUUAUCCAGUUACUGCUGAACAGCUGUAAAUUUUAUAUUGAGAACUUGUAUGUUCUAAUUAAAAUUCCUUGGUUCACAAACCACUUAACUGUGUGAUUACUGAAUUAUUAACCUGUAUCACAUGAUUAUUUCCAACUGUGAAAGAAAUUCUGGGAUUUCUCUUCCCUAUAAUUUAGUUUGUAGUACGGCUGAAUGUAAUAUAAUUAUGUAUAUGUAUAACUCUGUCAUUGAAUGAAAUUUUAUAAAACCUGGAAAACAUUUUUUGCAUUUAAAUCUAUAAGAUCCAGAGCCAUAGUGCAAAUUACAUCUAUAAUUACUAUUAUAAGAUCCUAAUAUAUAGGGACAAUGGAGCUUCACAACGAGAAGACAGAUCAAAAUCAUAAAGUAUGAGGGAAGGUGAUUUGGAGUUUAAGGAAUUUUUGUUGUUAAUUGAAAUAAUGGUUUAUCAUUAGUGUCAGAAAAUGUCAAAAAAGUAUUGACAGUACGAGGUUGGACCAGUUCAACUGACUAAAAUUAUUAAGUGUCUAUGUUAGCACUAGUAGACAGUAUUUCAUUUGAGUGAGCUCUGUGUUCCCAUUGUUCACUUGGCAUAGUCUGCAUUGCUUUUUAUCUACAAUUUUGUAUCCUAUUAAUAAUGUAUGUUUAUUUGUAUGCAACAUGUAUACACAAAAGAUUUUACUUCACUAAAAUUUAUACUGAUGUUAUUGUGUCUUGUAUGUUUUAAAGCAUAGCUAGAAAAAUGAAAUAAUUGUGUUAGUGCUAGUUAACAGAGUAACAUACAAAUUGUGACCAACAGACUGUUCAUUUUCUUUUAAAUAUUCAAGUCACUUCAAGACUAUUGAAAAUCAUGAUUUUUUGUUACAUUACCAGCUUAUGAAAUUCCAUCUCCUUAAUAAAGUGUUGUUAAAUAA